AUGUCAGAUAACGAAAAGGCGUCCUCAGUCGCUAGCUCGGAAGGCGAAACAGCAAAAACACAAGGAUGGUCGGCGUAUUUUCGUAUGUUCACAUAUGCCGACCGACUCGGUAUCAUCUUGUACGCUGUUGGUAUCCUUUGCAUGAUCGUAUCAGGAACGGCCCUACCUCUCUUAGACUUGAUUUUUGGCCAAUUCGUCAACACCUUCAAUGAUUUCGCCCAAGGAAACAUCAGUGUUGGACACUUCCGCUCUGAGAUUGCACGAGCUAGUCUAUACCUUGUCUACCUCGCAAUAGCGAAACUGGUUGUGUUCUAUGUCGGAACAGUCACUAUCUCGUUCGCUGCCAUGCGAACUGUGCGAGCUCUACGAAUUGACUGCAUCGAUAAGACAUUGAGGCAAGAGAUUGCCUUUUUUGACAGUGGCAACACCGGAGCUACUGCCGUCAAAGUGACCACGAACGCCAACCUUGUGCAGCAGGGCAUUGCUGAGAAGUUUGGGUUAAUAGUUCAGGCCAUUAGUGCGCUGGUCACAGCAUUCAUCGUUGCUCUGGCAGUACAAUGGAAACUUGCACUCAUCACAAUCUGCAUCCUACCAGCCAUCGUCAUCACAACUGGCAUUGGUGUUGCAAUUGAUGCCUCUCAGGAAAACAAGUGCAUGAAACUAUACGGAAAGGCCGGUGAACUUGCCACAGAAGUAUUCUCCAGCAUCCGCGUUGUCCACGCUUACUGGUCUCAACCUCGAAUGAUUGAGAGACACAAUCAGAUUCUGGACGAUGCUAAAAAGCAAGGUAUGCGCAAGUCACUCAACUGGGGAGUGCUCUACUGCAACGAAUUCUUCCUCGUGUUCGCUGGCUAUGGCCUCGCCUUCUGGCAAGGAAUUCACAUGUAUGCUAGGGGCGAGAUUGAAGCUCCUGGCAAGAUUAUAACAGUAAUCUUCGCUGUCCUUGUCGCCGCACAAUCUGUCACCCAAGUGGCUCCUCAGAUGCAGGUUAUUGCUAAGAGUGCCUCGAGUGCUGAGGAACUGCUUGAGGUGAUUGAACGGAAGUCUCUCCUUGAUCCCCUCGAGAAGAAGGGAGAGCGUCCUUCAACUGUCGAUGGAGAGAUCGAGCUAAACGGCAUUAACUUCUCCUACCCCUCAAGACCAGAUGUCCGAGUCCUUCACAAUUUCUCAUUGAAGGUUCCUGCGAAAAGUACGAUUGCUCUGGUCGGUGCAUCCGGAUCCGGAAAAUCGACCAUCGUGGGCUUGAUGGAGCGUUGGUACGAGGCGGAGUCUGGAACCAUCAAGAUCGAUGGAAGAGAUGUUCGCGAUCUUGACGUCCAAUGGCUCCGUACUCAGGUCAGAUUCGUCCAACAAGAACCAGUGCUAUUCAACACUACCAUCUACCAGAACGUUCGACUUGGUCUCGUUGGCGCAGCAGAUUUACCCGAGAAGGAGAUCGAGGCUCGAGUUGUUGAAGCUUGUCGUGAUGCAAAUGCAGACGACUUCAUCAGAAACCUUCCAGAUGGGUACCAAACUGUCGUGGGUGAGCGAGCCAGUAUGCUUUCAGGCGGACAGAAACAGCGAAUCGCAAUUGCCCGAAGCAUCAUCUCAAACCCCAAAAUUCUUCUGCUGGACGAAGCCACAAGUGCUCUCGACCCUGAGGCUGAACACCAAGUACAAAGCGCACUCGAUCGCCUGCAAGGAUCAAGGACGACUGUUGUCAUUGCACACAAGCUUUCCACCGUCAAGAACGCCGACAGGAUUGUGGUACUCGACAAGGGUGUCAUCCGAGAGCAAGGCACCCAUGCAGAACUUCUAGAACAACAAGGCGCCUACUACCGUCUCGUGAUGGCUCAAGAUCUUGGAAACGACGACGAGACUUCUGACAACAAAGACGCUGUUUCUACAGAAGCUGGUGCCCACCGUGUCUUGUCACGCAAGGAGUCGGCUGGUGUUGGUCAAGAGAUUGAUAGAUCUCAGGAUGAACGCGCACACACGCUCAAUUACAGCUUGUUGAAGUGUUUUGCCAUCUUCGUCAAAGAGCGCCGGGACUGCUGGCUGAAUCUACUCAUCAUCGGUAUUGCUUGUGUGGUUGGAGGUCUAACCUAUCCUGCCAUUGCGAUUCUCAUCAGCAGACUUAUCACCACAUUCCAGCUGCAAGGCUCAGAGCUGACCGACCGAGGAAACUUCUACGCGUUGAUGUUGUUCAUCGUGGCGAUCAUCAACGGCGUUUUGUACUUUGUCGCUGGUUAUGUCUCGAAUGUUGUCUGCCAGGUCAUCUCGAGAGCUUAUCGUGAAGACAUGUUCAAGAAUAUCAUCUACCAAGACAUGGAGUACUUCGACUUACCAGAGAACGGCACUGGAGCAAUCGUGUCUCGCUUAUCUCAAGCGCCUGCGAACCUGCUCGAGUUUAUCGGCCUCAAUUCUGCGCUCCUCUUAAUCGUCUUGAUCAUGCUGGUAUCCUCAUCUGUCACCGCCAUUAUUUUUGGUUGGAAGCUGGCACUUGUGGCUAUCUUCACGAUUAUGGUGCCUGUUGUGGGCAUGGGAUACGGCCGUCUAAGAAUGGAAGUGAGGCUUGAAGAAAAGACCGAGAGACUGUUUUCUGACAGUGCAGCUACCGCGAGCGAGGCAGUUUCAGCCAUCCGAACAGUUGCUUCCCUUGCACUGGAACAGCACAUCAUCGACCAAUACCAGGCACAACUCAGAAACAUUACCAAGAGGUCGAGCAAGAUGAUCCUCACUGCCAACAUGUUCUUUGCUGUGGCUCAAGCCAUCGAAUUUGCUGCUAUGGCGUUGGCUUUGUGGUACGGUGCUCGGUUAAUGUCCUAUGGUGAAUACAGCACGACACAGUUCUUCACCGUAUUUAUCGCAGUCGUCUUUGCUGCCGAAGGUUCAGUCCAGAUGAUCGCCUACAGUACUAGUCUGAGCAAGGCUCGUGCUGGCGCCAACGAGAUACUCUGGCUUCGUUCUCAAAACCCUCGCAUUGGUAUGCAUGACCAGUGUCUUCAACCGUCUGAGAACGAGAAGGCCCAGAAGGACUCUGCUACAUUCGAGCUAGAAAAGGUCGAGUUUGCUUACAGCACUCGCCCAAAAAACACAAUCAUCAAAGGCUUGGAUAUUGAGAUCAGUCAGGGCGAGUUUGUGGCAUUCGUUGGAGCUUCAGGCUGCGGCAAAAGCACUGUGAUCUCGCUACUUGAGCGAUUUUACGAGCCAUCUGCUGGAAAAAUCAAGCAUCACCACAAAGAGCUUAGCUCUUACUGUCCUCGCAAGUACAGAGAUGGCAUUGCAUAUGUGCAACAGGAGCCAAGUCUUUUCAACACGAGCGUCCGCGACAACAUUCUCCUGGGAUCGGUCGACACAGCUACAGAAGCCGAGGUCGAAGCUGCCUGUCGUCAAGCAAAUAUCUGGGACUUUGUCACAUCUCUUCCUGAGGGAUUGGAAACUGGAUGCGGAGCAGGAGGUACGCGACUGUCAGGAGGUCAACGCCAGCGCGUGUCGAUCGCCAGAGCACUCAUUCGCCAACCACAAGUCCUGCUACUUGACGAAGCAACAUCGGCACUGGAUACGGAGUCCGAGAAGCUGGUACAAGCGGCUAUUGCUCAAGCUUCUACUGGUCGUACCACGAUUGCCAUUGCUCAUCGCCUUUCAACAAUCAAGGAUGCAGACAAAAUCUUUGUCUUGAAUCAAGGCAAUGUGGUUGAGCAGGGUACUCACGUUGAGUUGAUCAAGCAGCAAGGUGUAUACUAUCGCCUUUGUCAGUCACAGUCACUUUGA